CCCAGGUUCGGAAGACUUUCUAAUUUUGCGCACAGAUCCCGGACGCAGCCAGACGGGUUUGCGGGAGACCGGAUCAUCUCAUGUCUUCUGCCAUCCAUCAGUGUGCAGCCACUCACGUCUGUCAUCACAAAGACAGGUCAGGUGCUGUGCUGUUUAAACAUGGAUCCGGAUCCAGAUCCAGAUCCAGGUCCAGAUCUCACCAUUGUCCUGCUUGGAAACACGGGAGUCGGGAAAAGUGCUUCAGGAAACACCAUCCUGGGACGCCAGGCGUUCGAGUCAAGGACUUCCUUAGCAUCUGUGACCAGAGAAAUCUGUGAAGCUGCUGAAAUAGUAUUUGAGAAACGGAUCUUAGUGAUCGACACUCCGGGAAUAUUAGGCCACGAGGAAGAGAUCCAGACCCGCUGUCAGAGAGUCCUGCAGUCCUCCAGACCAUGUCUUUUUGUGGUGGUCCUCAGCACCGAGCGCUUCACCGCUGAACAAGAGGAGGCUGUGAAGGCAGCCAUCGCUGUCCUCGAGGAUGAUGGGUUGAGGAAGAGUUGUAUGCUCUUCACAAACGGAGACACCCUGAAGGACAGGUCUCUGGAGGAUUUAAUCCAGGAAAAGGAAAGUGACGGUGGCGAGUCUGGGAAGAGAUUUUCAAACCUUUUAGACCAGUUCCAGUGUCGCCAUCUGUUCAAUAAUGAAAGUGGAGAUCAGGAACAAGUCCGGGAGCUGCUGGAGGAGACGGGUCACCUUCAGACCAGGGACCCAGGACCUCGUCCACCAGCUGCUGGUCCUGUCGCGGUCGUGCUGCUCGGUCUGCCUGGAGGAGGGAAGAGUUCAACAGGAAACACCAUCCUGGGAUCAGAUCUGUUUAAAACAGGCUCUGGCUUUAUCAGCGUCAGUACAGAGAGCGUCAGGAAAUCAGCAGACGUGGCAGGUCGUCGGGUCACGGUGGUGGACACUCCGGGAUUUACCAAGUCUCAGCUGUACACGGAGAUCAGGAGAAUCCUGGAUGGCGGUGAGCGACCGCACGCCUUCGUCAUUGUGGUGAAGAUCGGCAGGAUGUCCGAAACAGACUCUGAUCUGCUUCAGAAGCUCCCAGAACUGUUCGGCAGUGAGGCUCCGAACUACGUCAUGGUGGCUUUUACACAUAAAGACCAACUGGGAGGCAUGUCCAUAGAGGACAUGAUCCAGUCCAGCAGCUGUGUGUCCGCUCUGCUCUCCAGGUGUGGAGGGAGAUACUGUGUGUUUGACAACAAAAGAAGACGAAGCCGAAAGCAAGUUCAGGACUUCAUGAUUAAAAUCCACGAGCUGGUCUCAGCUAACGGAGGACAGACGUUCCCCCCCGACAUGUUGAAGAUGGCGGAGACGCCCGGUGAUGAAGCUGAGGGAAUUCAGCGAGGUCCAGGAGCUGGAUCUAAUGAGGCGCCGGGAGGACCUCCACAGAGACGACCCGAGACUUUAGGAACACGGUGCUGGAACACAGUUCGUUGCUGUUUCACAUGCUUUGGUUUUCCACAGGGCAACAGCGGACCAGAUGAUGAACGGCGGCCACUUCUAGUAAGGGAUCAGGGAUCUAUAAACUGAACCAGUUCAUAUUCAGGGUGGAACCAGAUACAUGCCUGCCAAACAGGCAGUGUUUGUAUUUAGGUGGCAGCAGCUGAUCAAUCAAAGGGACUGUGGAAUUCCUGUUCUCACCAGGUGCUUUCACGCCGCCUUAGUUUCCGGGAGUAUUGAGCGGGAAAGCUGGGGUCAGAUUUGAUCCGCCUCUGAGUCGGGAACGUUGGUAGUAACAGAGCCGGCACGCCGCUGUUGUUACACGUAGCGGUCUUUUUCCACACCGCUGGUUCCAGAAAGCCGGAUCACUUUGUGAAAGCACACAUGGCUGCAGGAUUAUGCUGGAAACAUUACUUCAGUAUGACUGAGUGAAUGUGGCCUAUCGGUGGUUAUUCUGUCAGUGUUUAUUCUGGAUCUCUGCGUGAAAGCGAAGUUUGUUCCCAGCCAGAGCUGGACCUGCAGCUGAAACUGAACGUUCCUAAAUAACACGGUUAGUAUUUAUUAUCAGUUCUUUGUAAGUGUGUAAAGAUGAAAGAGGCGGCAGGUCCGUGUCCAGUAACGGUUCCAGUGGACGGUACAACCGGAGCUCUGACGGGGCUCUAAACCAGCGAGUCAGUAUUGCAGUACUGCUGCUUUUAUUGAUGCCGUUUGCUUCUUCGUCAUGUUGAGAUAGUUACAGUAUGAAAGGAAAACCCCAGAACUACGCAGGGGCGGUAGGUUUCUAGUUCUGAUGACCUGCUCUGGAGUUCUGCAGACACAGAUGUUGCUUCCUUCACAGUAAAAGAAGUUAAUCUUAGAUUCUUACAUUUAAUGUUCUCCCGGUUUCAAAACAUUACUUUACUUUUACCUUGAACCGCCCAGUGUGAUGAUCAUUCUGUAGGUGAGAACACAGCUGAACCCCUAAUUCUCAUCACAAACCCUCCAUCUCAGGUUUCCUCUGAACUCCAUGUCUGACUUCGUCUCCAUUCAAUACACUUAUUAAAUUCAUCCGUUUUUGACACUGUUGUCCAAUCAGUGCCGACUUCUCAGGGAACUUUAAUGACUCUGUUAACAGGUUUAAUGAAUGGUGCUCUUUAGCUUUUGAUACCGUUUUUCCAAAGAAGACCAGACUGGGCCCAGUUCUCGGCCCGUCCCCGCAUAGAGACGCAGUGCUGCUUGUAGAUGCAGUAAAGGAAACUUUACUCUUUACUCUGGAACAGAACCUCCAGCAGAUCUGCUCGGUUUGUUUCAAGCAGCUGCUGAAAACUCAUUUCUAGAGCUUAGAAACACGUUUGCCUCAGAGUUGGUUUAUUUUGGUUGUAUGCUUUAAUCUUUGUCUACGGAUCAUCCAUUUGUAUGUGUGUAUAUGUAUACUUGUAUUUGUAUGUGUGUACUGUAAAGCCUAGUCCCAGUCAGACACCUGUCCCUGUUUACCGGUUGUGGCUGCAUUACUUGACAAAUAAACUCAGGUCUCAAUUA